CACUGCGGUAAAUCACUUUCCUGCACACAAAGGUAUUGGUUUAACUGAAUUCAGUUAGUAUAAUAUGACAGAUAGAAUCAUCGUGUUUAACGCUAUGGCAGAUAAUGAGACAACAUAUGCACAAGUGAAUAAAACAGCUAAGAGUCCAACAAAAAAAUCUUCUGAGGCAUCUUUGGUAAAUGAAGGCGGAAUGAAGAAGAACUUCAGGCGAAUUGAUCUCAUAGCCACUGUCCAGCAAUUAGUUAAAAGCUCAAAAUACAACCGAGCACUUGAAUUGAUUAACGAACUUCUAACCCAACAAACAGAAGGAUGGGAUCGGCUCCACACUCUCCUAAUGAAGAUAGAAUGUGAGAUUCAAUCAGGAAGACGUGGCAUAAAGAAUGAUAUCGAAUUAGUCACAGAAUCAAUGCUGAUUUUGCGUCCAACCACAUCAGAUGUAAUGGACAUAGCGCAGGAUUAUGCCACUUCCAAAAAUGAAAUGAGGAGCAUUGCUUUAUAUAUGGCUGGUAUUGAGCUUUGCAAAAUUAACCUAUCCGGAGAUGCAGCUGUCAGAGGUAUUAAAUCGUGCAUCAAACACAUAACAGGGAUUGUAAACAGCGCAGCGAAAGCGGAUCCAAGCAUACUGAUUGUGAUAAAAGAAUCCAUAAUACCUUUACUGCUGGAUGGGGUGAAAACCAUGGACCAGAUACAUGGUGUUAGUCCGAAUGCGAUAACUGAGCAGAAAGCCAGGUGUAUGUUCAACGCAGGAAUUUGCUACAGAGUGGUUGGGGACGACGAGCUUGCUUUGAAGUCACACGAAAAUGCUGUCCAAUUGAUGCAAUUGGAAUUUAAGGACGAAGCAGUGCAUUAUCAAGUAUAUGGUCGCAGUAUAGCCGGAAUGGGCCAUUCUCAUCGAAACUUGAAAAAGGUUGAGAAGGCAAAAGAACUUUACCAAACAGCAUUAAUCGCUCUGAAUCACGCUACCGACUGGACGAGUGAAGAGCAAAAAGAUAAGGAAACCAGUAUACUGGAGAAAUUAUUGAACUAAUGAAGCUAUCACGCACUCUUUAUCUAUGCAAGAUCAGUUGAAAACAUUUGGAAACAUUAGAAUACUUAUAAUUAUUUGAUAGAAACUAUUAGAGCAUUAAUUGAAGCAUACUUUCCGAGGAAGCUCCCCAUGUUGUAUGGUUUCAGGUUUUACGCAAUGGGAGUCACGUAAUUGAGAAAUGUUUCGCUUAGAACUGGAACUCGGCGAACUGGUGCAUUAGCAAGCAUUCGGCGGAUUGAAUAACUGUACAUAUUUAUACUAAAUUUACGCACUUCUAUAUAAUAAUAUUUCAAAA